GGAGGAGUCAGUGCCGCCGCUCCGGGCAGCGCUCCGGGCUCGGGCACAGCAGGUGGAGGGGCCGCCGGGCAUGGAGGGGCUGAGCCAGCGCUGCCCGCUGCCCCCCGCCGCCCAGGGCUGCCCCCGGCCCGGCCGCGGCACCGUGCUGCUGGUGCUGACGCUGCUGGUGCUCGUGUCCCCCCUGCUCCGGGGCCUGGCUGUGCAGCUGCACUCGGCUGUCACGGGCAGCUACGUGCCAGGGACACACUCCAUCGCCUUCGUCACCUGCCUCAACGAGCACAUCGCCAGGGACAUCGCCAGGGCCAUCAUGGAUAAGAGGCUGGCUGCCGGCGUGAACAUCCUGCCCAAGAGCUCGGCCCUGUAUUUCUGGAAAGGGGAACUGGAAGAAUCCACUGAAAUACUGCUGCUGGUGAAAACAAGGACGUCCAAAAUAGGGGAAUUGUCCAACUACGUCAGAUCCAUCCAUCCCUUUGAAAUCCCCGAAAUCAUCAGCCUGCCGAUUGAGCAAGGAAACCCUGGGUACCUCCGAUGGAUGGAGGAGAACGUCCCGCGGGACUGAGAGGCUCGAAGCUUUUACCUCCUGGGCUUUGCUGGGACACGGGAGCUUGGGACGGGGACAGCUCCGCUCCUCAGCCUGCCCCGGGAGCCCUGGGCACCCCGGAGCGGGCACGGGCUGGGCUGGGAAGGGCCGCCUGCCCCCAGAGCCGUGCCCGAGGACAGGCGGAGAUGUCCCUGUCAGGACACUCGGGGCUGCCCCGGGCUGUCAGCAGCGAACUGCAGCCGGGAGCCGUGGCCUGGCAGCCCCUGCGGUGCCGUGUGUCCCCACAGGCAGCCCUGAGCCCCGCUGCCAGCGUCCCCCGGGGAUGUGGCCGUGCCCCCGGCUCCCCUGGCGGCUCAGCCCUGCGGAGCCCGGGGAGGCAGCAAACCCCAGGAACCCCAGCAGGAUUGAGCUCUCCCUGUCACAGAGAGCUGGGGUGAGCUAGGGAACAGCCACGGCCGGUUACGGGAGCCCCGGUGCCAGCAGGACCACGGCGCUGCCCUGGCACUGUGUCCCUACCCCCGCCUGAGCUGUGCUUUCUGCCUGGGCCAAGCUGAGCUUUGUAAAAGGAUCCUCACGCUAAUGGUUCCUGGGACACAGCUUAGGGGACAUAUUCGGGUUAUUUAUGUGACUGGAAAGGCAAUAAACAGGAGUUUCUUACCUGGGCAGGCUCUCGUGGUCACAGCUGGGCAGGAGGAAAGGCUUGCACAGCUCACCUGGCACAGGUGUCCCGUGCUGGGCACUGGGCAUCCCAACCCAAUAAUCCUCACACCACAAAAUAACAGUGACUUUGAAAAAAACCCCACUUUUUAAUUGUACAUCAGACAUAUUAAUUACAACUUGGGUGUAACAAGAGGUGCUCACAAGCAGCAACCUGAACUCAGAAAUCAGAAGGUGCACAGAGUUGUUAUAAUCUCUAUUACAGCGAAUGCAAAAUAUACUCUGCAACAAAAAUA